UGUGUAUUCCACUAUGCACGUUGUUUUGUGAAUGUUGCACCGCAGUAGACGGAUUUUUUGCAGCUGUUUUGCGACCAAAUGAUUGCAUUUUAAAGUGUAAAAGUCUGUUGUAUGGAACCUCCACAUUUAAAGCAAUGUCAUCAGAGUUUCUGUGUAAAGAAGAAUCCAACAAAAAAGAAUGCAUAACUGCAAACAAUGGUGAAAAUAUUAAAGAUGCAGACAAUAGUCCGUUAAUAGAGACUAAUGCUAAGGCACAAGAUGUUAUGUCAAAAAGACAAGCAAAGAGACUUCUAAAGCAAAAACAAUGGGAAGACCAAAGAGACCUCAGAAAGCAGAAGAGAAAAGAAAAGAGACAAAAAAGGAAACAGGAGCGACAAGCAAAUUUGGAACAAAAUGUAGAUAGUGACUCCAGAAAACGUAUCCGAAGAGAGAUUCAACCUAGCAACCUUCGACUGAUUGUAGACUGUAGCUUUGAUCAUUUGAUGGCAUUAAAGGAUGUAAAGAAGUUAAACAAGCAGAUUAGAAGAUGUUAUGCAGAGAAUCGACGAGCUGUACAUCCUGUUCAGCUAUAUUUAACCAGUCAUGGUGGCCAGCUGAAAAGUAACAUGGAUGAAUAUGACAAAGGAUGGAUUAAUUGGAAGGAUAUCUAUAUAAAAUCUGAGCACUAUAAAGACCUUAUGAAGACAGAAGAUUUAGUUUACCUUACAUCUGAUUCCCCUGAAGUUCUCAAUGAACUUGAUGAGACUAAAGCUUAUAUUAUUGGAGGCUUGGUAGACCAUAAUCAUCACAAGGGAAUCACAUACAAGCAGGCACUAGAUCUUGGAAUAAGUCACGCUCAGCUGCCCCUUGGAAGUUUUGUGAAAAUGAAUACUCGCAAAGUACUAGCAGUUAAUCACGUUUUUGAGAUCAUGCUUGCUUAUUUGGAGAAGAGAGAUUGGAAGGAAGCCUUUUUCUGUGUCUUGCCUCAGAGGAAGGGAGCGGUACCACUCAGUGAGGCUAAUGAUGCUUCUGCCAAGAUAUCACCUGCCCAAGAAGAUGCAGACGAGCCAGACACGGACUCCAGCUUAGACGAAAAUGAUGCAGCUAAUACAGAAGGCCAAAAAGACGAGGAACAUAAGAAUAGUUGACAUUCUACUGAAUAUGAACAUUGUAUUUUAUACUGGUGUACCAUGCAUUGCAGUGUUUAGUGAAAAGAUUGCAUAUUGCAGUCAGGUUUUUGGACACUGAACUUUUUUCAGUUCUUUUUUUUUUUAAAUAUUUUGUUGACAUUUUAAAAGACAUUGCAGUAAAAUAAAAACUGCUUUAAAUUA